UUAACUGCAUUCCUUUCUCCUCAGAGGCAAACACAGAGAGAGAGAGAGAGAGGGAGAGAGAAGGUUUGGAGGUUACCGGAGAUGGAAUCACGGUCAAAUUGCAGCCGUUUAUCUUGCAUACUCUCUCUGUCCUGGGCUUUUUUUCAUUAACGGCCGUGAUUUGUCCUCCUCUUCCUUCUCUCUGUUCAGCAAACUUGUUCCAUCGGUGGCUUCUAUGCAAAUGUAGCUGCUUUGCUACUUUUCGCCUGUGGCCACACGUUGUGGCCUUUUGUUCUUGAUGUGAACUUCUAUUUUGGGGCAGUUUACGUCGACUGGUUCAGUUAAUGCUUGUUUGGCAUGCGAUUACCUCUCUCAUUCUGUUGGUGUCGGCGGUUAAGUUGGCACCACCUGCUUGAGAGAGAAGGAUCUCUUCACUACCUUUACCUAAUUUUCUGUACCUUGUUAUGGCUAGUAAGUUGGACAGUCCGGUACAGACCCAGGUGGCUGUUGCCGUUUUUAAUGGUAUAUGUAAUGGAGAGUACCAUGGGAAUACAAGGGCUAGACCUUCUAGGACGCGGCGCGUAUUUGUGCAGACUGAAACUGGUUGUGUCUUGGGAUUAGAAUUGGAUCGGAAUGACAAUGCUCAUACAGUUAAAAGGAGGCUUCAGCUUGCCCUUAAUGUCCCUACAGAUGAGAGCUCUUUAACAUAUGGUGAUCUUACUUUAAAGAAUGAUCUCAGUGCCAUUCGAAAUGAUUCCCCACUUCUUCUCACUCGAAAUGCCAUGCACAGGAGUUCAUCCACUCCAUGUCUCUCACCUACAGGGAAGAAUUUUCAACAGGGAGAUCAAAGUGGUCCAAUUGAAAUAUUAGGGUGCUCAAAUCGUUUUGCUGGAACAACUGAACUGGUGAAGGACAUUAUUAGGGCAAUCAAGAAUGGUGUUGAUCCGAUCCCUGUAAAUAGUGGGCUUGGUGGUGCUUAUUACUUUAGAAACAUCAAGGGUGAGAAUGCGGCUAUCGUGAAGCCAACAGAUGAAGAACCUUUUGCACCAAAUAACCCGAAAGGCUUUGUAGGGAAAGCUCUUGGCCAGCCUGGUCUGAAACAUUCAGUGAGAGUAGGGGAAACAGGAUUCCGAGAAGUAGCUGCCUACCUUUUAGAUUAUGGUCACUUUGCCAAUGUGCCUCCUACUGUUCUUGUAAAGGUUACUCACUCAGUCUUCAAUGUCAAUGACGGUGUGAACAGGAACAAGCAUCAGAAAAAGAAGAAGGUCAGCAAGAUUGCAUCACUGCAACAGUUCAUUCCUCAUGACUUUGAUGCUAGUGACCAUGGAACUUCAAGCUUUCCGGUUGAUGCUAUACAUAGAAUAGGGAUAUUGGAUGUUAGGAUCUUUAACACUGACAGGCAUGCAGGAAACCUUUUGGUCAGGAAGCUUAGUGGGGUUGAGGGCUUUGGUCAAGUGGAACUAAUUCCAAUAGAUCAUGGCCUUUGCUUGCCUGAGAGUUUGGAGGACCCGUAUUUUGAGUGGAUCCACUGGCCUCAGGCAUCAAUUCCUUUCUCUGCAGAUGAACUUGAGUAUAUAAAGAAUCUUGAUCCAGUUCGUGACUGUGAUAUGCUGCGGGCAGAAUUGCCCAUGAUUCGAGAGGCAUGUCUCCGUGUUUUGGUCCUUUGUUCGAUAUUUCUUCAGGAAGCAGCUGCUUUUGGACUGUGUCUUGCUGAAAUUGGUGAGAUGAUGAGUAGGGAGUUCCAUGGCCAAGAGGAGGAGCCAAGUGAACUUGAGGUUGUGUGCCUUGAGGCAAAAGAACUCACAAUGGAGAUCGACAUGUCAUUUUUUGAAUCUGAUGAAGGAGAUAAUGAGUUUCAGUUUGACAUGGAUUGUGAGGCAGCAGAGGUCAAUGUUGCCCCAAAGAUGUCUGGUUUGUUUGCUAAACUGCCCUUUUAUUAUCGGUCUGAAAGUCUUAAUGCAAAAAACCUUCUAGCUCAAGUAGAUGAGAAUCUUGAAGAGUCUGAAAUUCAGGUGGAUGGAGGGCCCAUAAGUGCUGCAGUUGCUUGUGGGCACAAAGACGAUUGGGUUUAUACUGCUUCAAGGUUAUCACUCUCAUUGAAAAAGGUUAACUUGGGCGAGAAAGGCUUCCACUACCACGGUGGAAAACAAAAAGGGAAGAUGAUUGGCUACUCAUCUAGGAUGAUAAGAAGUGCAAAUGAGCAUCUUCCUACAUCUACAAGCUUUGUGAAGUUUGCUGACAUGAGUGAAGAGGAAUGGAAUCUCUUUAUUGAAAAGUUCAAGGAGCUACUUUACCCUGCUUUUGCUAAGCGUAGGUCUCGAACAAUUGUGCAGAGACAGAGGCUUGGGACUUCAUGCCAGUUUUGAGUUGGUUAAAUAUAUAUCCUGUUGAUGUAGAUAUUAAGGUUUUUGAAGAAUAAAUUCUUUUUAGUGCUGGGAAUUGGUAUUUUUACAUAGGUUUCUUGCACAAUAAAUAGCCUUAGAAGAAGAAAUCAUAGCUGGCAAGAGUAGCGUAUGGUUGUAAAUAUACUUGGGAUCAGAGUUUGAGUCAGGGAAAUGAGAAAAGAUUACCUCAAGGUUCUAUCCGUAUUUGAAUUGAUAUUCUGGUUUUCA